UGACUGGCAGUAAUCUCACUGGCUGCUCAGCUGGGCGCCCAAUUUUACUAUUUCAACCCUGACACGGUCUUCGUUUCCUUCCCUCCAUUUCUUUCUUGGUCUUCAAGAUCUCCCACUGCUCCUCAAUGUGUCCUCAAUGUGUCGGUGAUCUAAAUCAUAAACCCCAACCCCAAUCCCAGCCCUCUUUCUCACUCCGCCUCCAAUGUCUUCCAUUCGAAUCGACGCAUCGAAGCAGCACUACACCACCACCUUCCUCGUGGUCGGUUACGCACUCUGCUCCAGUCUCCUCGCCAUCAUCAACAAGUACGCCAUCACCCAAUUCAACUACCCCGGCCUUUUAACCGCACUCCAGUACCUCACUUCCGCCCUCGGCGUCUAUCUUCUCGGCAAAUUAGGGUUCCUCCACCACGACCCCUUCACUCUCACCCCUCUCCUCGUCGCUCUUGCCGACACCGUCUUCCGCCACCAGCCUUGCCCCUCCAAGCUCACAUUUUUCUCCCUCGUCGUUAUCCUUGCCGGCGCCGUCGGGUAUGUCUCCACUGAUUCCGCUUUCACCCUCACUGCUUAUUCUUGGGCUUUUGCUUAUCUUGUCACAAUCACCACUGAGAUGGUUUACAUCAAGCACAUGGUCAUGAAUCUAGGGUUGAACACUUGGGGUUUUGUUUUGUACAACAAUUUGUUGUCUCUCAUGAUUGCGCCCUUGUUCUGGUUCCUUACCGGUGAGAAUCUUGAGGUUUUCGAUGCUCUGAGAUCCGGUUCCGGGAGCUUGUUUGAUCCCAGUGCUCUUGCUGCUGUUGGGCUAUCCUGUGUGUUUGGAUUGGCGAUUAGUUUCUUUGGCUUUGCGGCAAGGAAGGCCGUUUCCGCCACGGCGUUUACUGUCACUGGCGUUGUGAACAAGUUUCUCACUGUGGCUAUCAAUGUGCUCAUUUGGGACAAGCACGCCAGCCCCUUCGGAUUGCUUUGUUUGCUAUUCACCAUUGUUGGUGGAGUUCUUUAUCAGCAGUCAGUUACAGGGCCUGCCCCGGUGCAGCGUGAUACAAUGGUGGAUGUUGAGAAGAAUCCUGGUGAUUAUGAUGAUGAUGGUCAUGAUUUGGAAGCUGAGAGACUAUUAAAGGCUGAACUGAAUGUUAAGGAUAGUACGACGAGAGAACAAGAAGAUCUUGAAGUUGUGCGAUCGAAAACUUAGACUACCAUUAAGAAGGACACAUGUUUACAAUGGCUACAGAACUUGGUUAGAACUUAGAAGUUAGAAGGAUGAAGAUAUCAAAGGAAAAGAAUAGUAAGGAUAAUGAAGAGAUCUGAUGAGUUUCAGUCUCCCUUAUUUAUUGGCUUAAAACAAGUGUAAUAAUUGUGG